CGUUGCGAUGGCAGAAUUGGGAAAAGCCAAACUCUCUCUUUCUCUCAGUGCAUUAAUCUUUCGAUAUCCGCCUCUCAUAAUCUCUCAAGCAGGUUCUAUAAAUGUUUUGAUUUUAACUCUAGCCGAUCAGUCGACAUUGUGAUUCACAAGCAAUACCAUUGCCUUUGGAUCGGUAGCAUCUAUACUUAAUAACAUCCAUAAGCAUUUUCCCAGUUUCCCUACAGCGAUGAUGAGCUGGCUAAUCUCAGCGGGGCUGUUCCUCUUGGUCCUUAGUCCUGGCUCGAAGGCCCAAGACACAGUUUCGAAAAUGUGCAGCUCGGACGAACUGUGUACCUCGGUGAAGCGAUGCAAGGACUCCGAAGAUUCCGGGCUCAUGGCUAUUGGUCCGCGCAUUUACCGCAUUUGCGGCGACCAAAGGGUCUGCUGCGAAACGGCCCAGCUAGAGAGCUGGGACAGAUCGCAGAGCUCGAAGAACCGAGCCGUCUCCUCCUCGAUCCAAGACAAGGUGGAUGAAUCUAAAAGUCGGUAUGCGUCGAACUUCAAGUACAAGAACUGCGGCUACAGCGAUCCCCGGGGUCUGAUUCCCCACAACGACAGGUUCAACCCUCCGGAGGACGUCUCCUUUUUUGGCGAGUUUCCCUGGAUGGUGGCCAUCUUCACCGUGCGGCAGUCGUUCCUUUGCGGCGGCACCCUGAUCCAUCCGCGGCUGGUCAUAUCCUCCUCGCACAACGUGAUCAACGAGCUGGUGGACACCCUGGUGGCCCGGGUCGGAGAUUGGGAUCUGAAUGGCCUCAACGAGCAGUUCCCGCACCAGAGCAGGCGUAUCAAGGAGAUUAUCAUGCACCCGGAAUUCGAUCAGAAGCGUCUGUUCAACGACAUCGCCCUGCUGCUCCUGGACGAGCCCAUUGUCCUGGCUCCGCACAUCCAGCCGCUGUGCCUGCCGCCUCCCGAGUCGCCGGAGCUGAUCAACCAGCUGCUCUCGGCCACCUGCUACUCCACCGGCUGGGGAGCCAAGCAGGCGGACAGCGAUAAGCUGGAGAACGUGCUCAAGCGGCUCAACCUGCCGGUGGUGGAGCACGACGAGUGCCAGGCGAUGUUAAGGAACACCCGAGUUUCCAAUAGCUUCCGCCUGGGCCCCAGCUUUAUGUGUGCCGGCGGCAAUGGCAAGGACCCCUGCAAGGGUGACGGCGGCUCACCGCUCUUCUGUACAAUGCCUGGGGAACGGGAUCGCUACCGGCUGCUGGGCAUCGUGUCCUGGAGCGUCGAGUGCGGCGUCGAGGACAUUCCCGCCGUGUACACCAAUGUGCCGUACCUGCGCAGCUGGAUCGAUGAGAGGAUCAGAGAAUUCGGGAUCACAUUGCAGGCGCAAUGA